UGGAAUGUUAAAAUGGCGAGUGCGUCUAUUCCGCAUAUUUGAUGUCGCGAUAAAGUAGUUGGGCGUACGCGCGUCCGUCCUGUCGGCUCGUCCCCUGCCUGUGAUUCCCUCGCGCGACGCCGUCGUCCUCCGUCGCGGGCCGCCGUCGUCGUCGCCGUACGCUGGCUCGCGCGUCGCAAUUGCUCCACCGCCGCGAAGGUCGCGGGGACGUGCCAAACGCGUGCCUGGCGCGUACGUGAAUCACACGCUCGCGAGAUAUGGAGAGGUGCGACUCGAGGUAACACGCGAUAAUCGCUCGCGUUACUCACGUCACAGUCCGCCCGCGACACGCCACACAUUCCGGAACACGUGCGACGAACGCGCGUGUCGCGCGUGUUCGACGACGACGACGACGACGGACGGAUAUACAAACUUUCACGCGAUUGUUUCGCCAUUGUUGCGUAAAAAAUCUUGGCGCGUGAAAAUCACGCACUGUGUGCACAUAAUCUCGCGUGGCUCGCUUUCUUCGUUAAUAAUAUGAAAGCGGAGCAAGCAUGAAGGUAACCGUGUGCUUCGACAAUGUCAGGGUGGUGGUCCCAUGCGGAGACGGUACUCUGCUGGUCAAGGAUCUGAUGCAUGAGGCCAUCCUGAGGUACAAGAAGGCCACUGGCAAAAGUGAUAACACCCUGACCAUCAACAGUCUGUCCUCCCUGACCGGGGGCGGCCUACUGGAUCCGGACGACAGACUGUGCGACGUGGCCGACGACAGGGAGCAGAUCGUGGCCCAUUUCGCUGGCUCCGACGUUGUCAGCCACGUUGGCGGGGACGGUGCGAGCUCGGUUGGCACCAACAGUCCCGACUUCUUCCACCGAGAUGGCAAGGAUCAGGCUUAUCCGAUCGACAUCCAUUCCUCCGUGUCUAGUAGUAGUAUUAAGAGAGAAAGUGCCAAGCGUUUGUCGAUGCACGCAUUGUCAACGAGAGAACCUUCUCUCACAACGUAUUCUGCUCAAUCCCUACCGAGGGAGUCUCGACGUAGGGAGCCUUUAGGUCAAGAUUCCAAAGCUUCGUACGAAUUUGGAAAUAAUACCGAAUCCGGGAGCCAAGAGGUGCGAGAGAUAGUGAUAAAGAACGAGGCAGGGCCACUGGGGCUCCACGUGGUGCCAUGUUACGACUUGCUGGGCAACGAUCAGGGACUCAGAGUCGAGGGUAUUGAGCCGAAUGGCCGCAUCGCCAGGGACGGGCAAAUCGAUUUGCACGACAAUAUUAUAAAAAUUAAUGGUCAUAACUUGUUGCACAUACCGUUUUCAAAGGUUCAAGAGAUUUUUCGAACAUGCAUGAAUGAUCCCUGUUUACAAAUUUCCGUAGUUAAGCACAAGAAGAGAAUGAGGAGCGAAAAGUCUUUGCAUAAAAACCACGGGAACACCAGUGGCGGAUCGGAGAAGGCCGAGGGCGAUGAGAAUAUCAAGAGACUUCAAUGCAGCAACUACAACCUUCUACAGACUGCGAACACUAGGAAAAUUGGACGGAUGAUAGAGAUAGAAUUAGUAAAGGGAGGUAACGGUUUAGGAUUUAGUGUUACCACACGUGAUAAUCCUGCUGGGGGACAUUGUCCCAUAUACAUUAAGAAUAUAUUACCAAAAGGUGCUGCGGUGGAGGAUGGCAGAUUGAGACCGGGUGAUAGAUUGCUAGAGGUAAAUAAUAAGGAGAUGACUGGCAAGAGCCAAGCGGAGGUCGUGUCACUGCUCAGAAGUAUUCCUCCCGGUGGUAAAGUGAGGAUGGUAGUAUCGCGUCAAGAGGAAAUUUCUUCAAACAUUCCGGAUUCUCAGGGUAUCGCGACCCCUGCUGCUCCCCCGGCUGCUGAAGUAAUGGAUAAUACAAAGUAUUGGAAUACAUUAAAUAGAUCGCCAGCGAAAAAGAACGACGUACACGACAAGAUGAACACUCACACUUACGAGAAGUGCACGUACAAAUCGGUUAAAUCAUCCGAAGAUAUCGUCUUAUCUCCGCGUAAGAAUCGUGUGAUAAUGAACUUAGAUAUACCAGUACAUGAUUCUGAGAAGGCUGGCUUGGGCGUAAGUGUUAAAGGUAAAACCAACAGCUCCGACGACAACACCAAUAUGGAUUUAGGUAUUUUUAUAAAAAGUGUUAUCCACGGGGGCGCAGCAUCCAGGGACGGUCGCUUGCGGACCAAUGAUCAAUUGCUCAGAGUUAACGGCGUAUCGCUGUUGGGAUUAUCCAAUUCCGAGGCGAUGGAGACCUUGAGGAGGGCGAUGCUUAACACAGACAGCUCAGUAACCGGUGUGAUCAAUCUUAUAAUAGCUAGGAGGGUAUCGUCGUAUGAUGCGAGUGAGAAGAAUACUGUAGAUAAUUUACAAUCUCAUCGUAAAUCAGAAGUUAGUAGUAUAUACAUAUCGGAUUCUACGAAAAUGAACGACGGCAUAGUCAAGGAGAAGAACACUUUAAAUUCUCAAACCGAUGCACUGGACAACGGUGGAUUAUUAUCCUGCGUAACAGCCUCGCCAUGGAAUCCUGUCAUCGACAGACUCACGGAGCAGUACAGCAAGAAUAGCUUGAGAAACGAAAGCUACUGCCUUGCCACCAAUAAAACGUGGAUAGAGCCGAUUAAUAAUGUAAAGAAAAUUAUAGGAUCGCGCGACGAUCGGAUUGAAGCAGUAUUGCUGGAGGAAUCGAACAACGACAGCUCUCAAGGAAACGACACCAAACGAAAUACCGAGGAUAAGGACAGCCAGUAUUCCGGGGAUCCCACGUACGACAGUCAGUUGUCCCUGGAGGAAUUAAACUCUUCGUCGAAUAAGUUUUCUCGCGAUGCUCUUGGCAGACAGAGCAUGUCGGAGAAACGGCACGCGGCACUCGACGCCAAAAACACGGAUACUUACAAGAGGAACAAGAAGUUGCGCGAGAACAAGAACGCGGAUCAAACCAAUCAGAAAUCAAUCACCAGUCAAACGAGCAAUCACUCAAGCGACUUAGGAGAUUAUUCGAAGAGGAGCGGCAAGUCGAACAACUUCGAGAAGCAUACGAGUAAAGGGGCCUUAGCCGGAAACACGAGUACCGACAAUAAUGUGAGACACCACGAGAAGUCCGUCGAUGUUGCUCAAUCGGAAUAUAUGUACACUAUACCCGGAUGCAAUAAUAAGUUUCUCUCGCCGAAGAAGCACUGGCUCGUGGACGAUGUGCACAGCGAGGUUACGAGUAGUAAUAAUAUCAAAGACGAGCGAGAAGGCUUCUCGAACAGUCGCGGGGACGUGAAGCAGGCGUCUCUCAAUUCAGCACUGGACGAUCGGUAUAAGCGGAAGAAAAACGGCCUUCGGUCGAUACUCCGAUUGAACAGGAAUAGGAAAUCACUUAAUUUUGGCGAUAGCAUAGAAGCGAGGCACGAAACUAGUAAUUAUUGCAGCGGAAGGAUCAGUUAUAUCGCAUAAAUGCAAAGACAGUAUGCAAGAUAAAUGCAGAAAUUCUGCAUUAGUAAAUAAUAUAUAUAUAUACACAUUAUCGCGCAUCUGCAAAUACAUACACAUUUUUUGCAUAUAUAUAUAAAUAUAUAUUUUAUCUAUAUAUAUACGAUCUGUUCCAAAGUGCCUUAUAUCAUUAAAAGAAAAUAAUUCUGUAUAUACGAUUUUGUACUUGUCUUUAACUGAUACGGAUCAUGUACUUAACUACGAUAUAAACAUUAUACAUGUAGUUUAUACGACACCGGAAUUAGAUAAUUAAUAGUUCCAAAAGGAGGAAUUAUAAUAUUCUGCUGCUAAAUCAAAUAGCAAUUCAAAUAUAUCUCUGUCGUUCUCAUCGAUUUAACAUGUACCUGUAGAAUCUUAAAUUUGUAACGUCAAUUGACAUCGAGGAUAAAUAUUGUAAAAAAAAGUCACAAAAAUCAUGGUGCAUUUCAGAUCACUCCAAAUGCAAUCCUUUAUCAACAGAAGCGUUUUCGAGCCAAAAUU